UUGUCGAUAGGGUCAAACAGAACAGAUGUAAACAUUUGCCAUUAAGACCUUACCCGGAAGUUAAACUAAUGCAUUUCAUACCUGUAAAUAUUGACUAAGGAUGUGGCCGCACCUGAUAGAAAAGGUAGCCCUUCUACAAUUAUUAUUCGCAGGAGUAUCAUGCUUUGUGAAUGUAGCUUACACACCUGCUCAGGGUUUACAAGGACAAGCGACAAUGAGUGAAGAUCCAUUUCCAAACACACAAUGGACGGCAGCUAAAGUUGUUGACGGAAAUACAUUCCAGGCCGCUAAUGGAGAAUCGUGUGCCAUAAUGAACUAUGAUCAACACUACAAAUCUGUUUGGUUGAAAGUGCAGUUAGGGCGCCGGUUCAAUGUUGCUUAUAUUGAACUUUACCUUAGAAACGAACAACUUCUAGAUCGAUUAUCUGGCUUUUCGAUAUAUGCAUUCUACGAUGACACGUUCGAUCCGGCAUCACCAAGCCCAAACGACUUCGUCUACCACCAUGAUCCAAUGUCUGGAUGUCCAGUCCCAAUACAAAACAUCACAAUCAACAGACUUGUUAAACAAAUAGUGUUCACAAAUAACCGACCAGUUGGAUAUCAGUCCACCUGUUCAGGUGAAAACAGCAACCUUUACACAUCAAUCGAAAUUUGUGAAAUUAAAGUAAUGGGUUGUGAUACUGGGCGGUAUUCUACUGGCUGCGUUGGCGAAUGUCCCUCAUGUACAAAUAAAAACUGUGACGCUUUCAAUGGAUCCUGUAUUGAUAAAUGUCCCGAUCCCAACGCUUUAACGGAAAGUUGCAUAGUAUGUGCAGAUGGACAAUUCAUUUCUAAUGGACAAUGUGUGAACUGCAAGGGGCACUGUAUACACAGUGAACAUUGUAACAAGUUGACAGGGGGAUGUGAUAACGGGUGUGCAACUCAAUGGACAGGGAAUUUUUGUGAUCAAUGCAAAGAUCACUUUUAUGGAAGUGAUUGUUUAACUCCAUGCGGGCACUGUUUAAACAAUGAGACAUGUGAACAGGGAACUGGUCAAUGCCCCAAUGGAUGUGUGCCACAUUGGCAAAUGAACAAAUGCGACAUAUGCAGCGACCAUUUUCAUGGCAAUGACUGUAACACUCCGUGUGGAAACUGUAAAGAUAAAACAGUGUGUGACAAAGGGACUGGUCACUGUCCUACUGGAUGCCAGAGUCACUGGACGGGGGACAAGUGUGAUGUUUGCGCCGAUCACUUUUAUGGUAAAGAAUGUAACAACAUGUGUGGGCACUGUAAAGAUAACAGUGUGUGUGACAAAGGGACUGGCAGGUGUCCUAAUGGAUGCCAAGCCCAAUGGACGGGAGCGAAGUGUGAUGUGUGUAUCGAUCACUACUACGGCAUUGACUGCAAAACCCCGUGUGGAAGAUGUAAAAACAACAGUGUGUGUGAUAAAGGAACUGGUCACUGUCCGAAUGGAUGCCUGAGUCACUGGAAAGGCGAAAAGUGUAACAUUUGCAACGACCACUUUUACGGAGACAACUGCAACAUAUCAUGUGGGCACUGUAGAAAUAACGGAGGAUGUAAUAACAUAACUGGCCACUGCCCUGGUGGUUGUCAAGCUAACUGGCAGGGAGAAAAAUGUGACGAAUGUAAGGACGGGUUUUAUAACGCCAACUGCACUAAAAGAUGUGGCCAUUGUACCGACAGCGAAGUUUGUGAUAAACAAAACGGGUCUUGUGUGAAUGGUUGCAGUAAAAACUUCCAAAUGCCACUCUGUCAGGAAUGUGUUGACGGAUUCUACAACAUAACCUGUAGCGCUAAAUGUGGAAAUUGUUUGAGCGGAGUUUGUAAUAAAUUGAGUGGUGCCUGUCACACAGGAUGUCAGCGUAACUUCCAUGUUCCUAUGUGUCAAGACUGUGUUGACGGAUUCUAUAAUAAGAGUUGCAGUAUUAAGUGUGGAACAUGUAAAGCAAAGGCAGUUUGUGAUAAAAACAACGGGUCAUGUCCAGACGGCUGCGAUGGUUCAGUUCAUCCUCCUCUAUGCAAAAUCGGUAUUGAAAAACAAACAGAUGAUUCGGAGACGAACGAAGGUGCGGUGGCUGGAGGGGUUGUAUCGAUAUUGGUUGUCUUGGCGUUGGUAGGAGUUGUUGGCGUGAUCUAUAGGCGACGAAAAGGAGGCAGGAGCAAAGAGACACAAAGCAACACAACGUCAAAACCUUCCAGGUUUCCGGCAAAACAAUCCAGUAAAGGGCAAAAAUAUACUGAUCUAACCGAAAACACCCAUGACGUUUCAUCUGGCGAGUAUAUAAAUGUAACAAUGACAGUGGACGACGAGGGAUAUUAUAAUACUACAGAGUUAAACACGUUCAUUGAAGUUAACGAUUUACAAAAAGUAAUACAGGAGAAAGGCAAUGGCGAAAACAACGUGUUCCAGUCGGAAUACAAGAGACUUCCGGCUGGAAACACUUGUGUAUGCAAAGAAGGGAGGAAACAGGAAAACAUGGCCAAAAACAGAUUUAAAACAACAUUUCCAUAUGAUCACUCAAGAAUAGUACUUAACGAAAAAUGGACUGAUGCAGACAAUGAUUACAUCAACGCCAACUUCAUCAAAGACUUUAAUGGAAAAAGAACAUAUAUCGCAGCUCAAGGUCCUAAAAACAACACCCUGUCUGAUUUCUGGAGAAUGAUUUGGCGGGAGAAUGUGAGGUUGAUCGUCAUGCUCACUAAUAUUGUGGAGAACGGAAAGAACAAGUGCGCGCAAUAUUGGCCUGGGAAGGAUAACUCGUUGGAAGUCGGUCCUUGUAAAAUGCAGCUUCUGAAGGAAACUACUUACGCAUUUUAUACGUGUCGAAAGUUUAAUGUUCAAAACACUAAAUCGACCAUAAAAAGAACGAUAACUCAAUACCACUAUACCGCUUGGCCAGAUCACGGGACUCCAGAAGAAUUAGGAUUGGUUCAGUUUCACAGAGCAGUGACUAGAAAAUAUCAAUCAGACGGAUUGAUGUUAGUUCAUUGCAGCGCCGGUGUUGGAAGAACUGGAACAUUCAUUGGUCUAGAUUCCUUACUUAAACAAGGAAAAAUAACAGGGAAAAUCAAUGUGUUUGAGUUUGUAAAACAGAUGAGAGAGGACAGAAUGACUAUGGUGCAAACACCGGAACAAUACAUUUUUCUUCACAAAGCAUUGUUGUUCGGAUUCCAAGAGAAGGCCACGGUUAUACGUGAGAGUGACAUACCGACCAGACUCCAGACAUUGUUUCAGGAUUCUUCACCGUUAAACCAGAAGGCUCUAUACAAAGAAUACAAGUUCCUACAAACAGUGAAACCAGUUUUCGAAGACGACGAUAAAGAAGACGGAAUGAAGCCAGAAAAUAAAGACAAAAACUCAAACAUGAAUGUCAUACCUGUGUCCAAGUAUCGUCCUUACUUAACGUCGUAUGUAAAAGGAAGAAACGACUACAUCAAUGCAGUUUGUGUCCCAUCUUUCUCGAGCCUCGGUGCGUUUGUUUUGACACAAGCCCCACUUCCAGAAACAAAAGUUGAUUUGUGGACACUGUGUGUGGACCAUGAUGUUAAGGCAAUAGUAAUUUUAUCUGAAGACAACGAGGAUAUACAAUGGGUUCCGAAAAGAGGUUGUUCCUGCAUAUGUGCGCCUUAUACCUUAACCUCUGGUGACACAGGAAGUAGCAUUUGUGCAGUUACACAGGACACAUUACUUAUUCAAACUGACGAUACCAAACAGGAUGUUGAUGUGUUCCAUAUACCUUUUGAAAACGACAAUGCCAUGCUAAAGGGUGUGGAAUUGCUGCUGGAUAAAGGGAAGGAGAGCGACUUUACCUCAGUCGUCAUCAGCAAGGACGGAUCUGGUCCAACUGGUAUAUUCUGCGCUUUACAUAACGCCCUCCAACAGUUACGUAUGGACGGAGAGGUGGACAUACUGACAACUGUCAGACUGAUCCAAACAAGACGGCCGGAAGUCAUCACUAAGAUGGAGGAAUACAGGAGAUGCUAUGAACUAUUAUUGUUAUCUGUAUCAGAAGAUGGAAUAUAUGCCAACAUGUGACAAAUACCGUGUUAUAUAUACCCAAGUGUGGAACAAUACAAAUUACAUGAUUAAUUAAAAAUAUAUAUUUUUAUAUGCAACAAAUAUAUCUGUCUGUAGUACAGUAAAACGCACUUAUAGCGAAAUUAGCUUAAACGAAUUGAUGUUUACAGUGAUGUAAUGUUUAUUAUCGUUACUUAUUGUGAAAGUAAUAAAACAAAUUGUAUUUAUAACGAAGCAGAAUCAGUCGUCCUUAGCAUUUUGAUUAAAGUGUGUUUUACUGUAUGACUAUUUGUAUUCAGUGCCCUAAUUGAGUUCUAUUUUUUUCUUUUAAAUUCAUCUCUUUUUUCCUAUCAAAUAUCUGUUCAUGUUACUUAAAAAUUAAUAUUCAAUUAAUUUAGGAAAUGUCAAUAUAUAUGUACUCAAGCUAGAUGGUUGUAAUUUUUUUACAACAAAUAUUUUUUUUCAAUUUUUUUUUUAAACUCCUCAAUCAUCAAUUCUCCUGUGUUGAAUCAUUAUUUUUUAAUUUGACGUUUCUAUCACAAAAGCUUGCUGUAUUUGGAUUGCAUUUGUUGCAAAACAAUGAAUAUCAUUACGUAGAUAACAAAGACUGUGUUUUCUACACUCAGGCUUUGUAUUGAUUUGACAUGUGAUAUCAAAGAAUUCUUUAGUACAAUUAAGAUAUUCUAAAAAUUCAAAGAAAUACAUAAUACGUUGUUUCCUGAUUUUGUGUAGUCUUUCUGAUGUAUGACAUCAAUUUCAUCUGUUUAUCUAAAGUUUGUAAAACCAACAUUUACAAUAACUGACAAGGCAUUGCCAUAAUUCUCGACAUUUACAUUUGUUAUCGUAUCUAAGUCAUUGCUUUAUAUAUACCCCGACAUGUAAACAUACAAGAUGUAUUAAAUCUUAGAAUCCAA